AUGUACGGAAAAUCGAUUGAUACGGGGGAUUGUGUUUGGAACGGAGCUUUCGAUGCGGAAGCUAAAACUACCCUAAUCAAAGUUUGGGUUAUAACAGGACGCAUAGCAUUUUUUAUGAUCAUAUGGUUAAACCUUAAUCUUUGGUGCACAACGUUAAGAUAUGAUCUCAAAUAUCGAAAUUUGGCUGCGUUCACAACAAUCUUAAACAUAAGACGAUGCUAUUAUUACAUUUUAUAUUUCUUACAACACAUGGAAUAUGAUUGGUUUCUUGAUAUCCAUAACUGUAAUACUUACGGUUUUUUGGACACAUUUUUGGGAGUAUACGAGGUAGAAAGUCUUACGCAUGUAUGCAUUGAAAGAUAUGUAGUUGCGAAGUAUGUUGCGAAUGGUUGGCCAGUAAAAAAAUGGCACUACAUCUUUUACCAAUGCCUAUGUUUAUUUUUUUCUUUACUGUACUCUCUUUCGCCGAUGUUUGGAAUCGGUAGUUACGUCAAAGAUUUUUCAUGUUUAACAUGUAGUUAUAACAUGAUUUUACCUCAGACCUGGGAAAAAUACGCGAUCAUAACUUUAUUUCUCCUGCGAAGUGUGAAACCAUUUUUCUUUAUGAUGAUAAUGCGUGUCUGGACGCAACAGAUGGAAACUAAAUACGAUGAAAAAAAAUUACCAUGGAAAGAAAUUCGAUUUGCUCACAUUGUAGACGCUGUAACUAACGCAAGCAUUGUAUGUUGGUUGCCUAUUACUUUAAUAAGAGGUGUGAUAAUAAUCACAGUGAAUUUUUUAGAAGUUGAAGUAAAUCUGGAGCCGUUUGUCAGUUUACUCCAAUGGGCGAUAUGGAUAGAAUGGUUUACUCCUGGAGUCAUCACCGUAACGCUGUUAUACGUGGACCAUCUUCUUCGCGCCAAAAUGUUCGGAAAUAAUAAAACGGAGGAUGAAAUAGUUGAAGUUUUUGAAAAAGAGAGUUAA